ACAGCUCAGUCAACGAGUCAGCCUCUCCCCCUUCAACAUUAUCCCCCCGUUUAGUCCUUGCCCGCGCGUUCUUUGACGGCCUCGCUGUCAAAUGAACCUGCAAUCUUUAAUAUUACAUUGAGAUCCCAAUCUCCUCUCUCCCCCUUCUGAGAGGUCCAACCCAUCCCUAAAUGCCCAUCUACUCUAACCUCUACUCGAAUCUUGCACGUCAAGGCUUCACCAAAUCAUUUACACACGGGUACGCCCAGUCUGUUGUUGCCGCUACACACCCUCAAGUCUACGCCGCGCAGAACCGACCCGGCUUUGGUCUUCAGCGUCGCUCCAGCAAAGCCGGCAACCCGUACCACUUCCAAAAUGCUUUCCAGACUAGCGCCCAGGCCUCUGGCACGACCGUGCGCGAGGUUCGCACGGAGAAGACUGACGGAGGGCUAGAUGCAUACUUUGAUGCGUGGAAGAAACACCAUGCUGCAGGAGAGCCAGAGAAAGAGUGGACCCAGUUCCAGUUUACAAAACGUAUUGAGUGGAAACCUCAAUCCAUCCAGGUCGACCCGGAAAGUCAGAAUAAUGUCGAGGUUGAGGUAGCGCCGGGUGCGCCGAAGCACGAGAGAUCUUACAGUACCAGUGCGGUAGACGAUAUUAAGCAGGUUGGAUUUGAAGCUGAGGAGGAGGCUGCACUUGCCAAGAUCGAUGCCGCCAUUGAGAAGGAAAUCAAGUUGCGAAAUGACCAGGCGAUUUUCGAAACCGAGUUGAGCAUCGUCGCUGCGCGUGUACCCACACCCCCUAUUGCACCAGUUCAGACACCUGCUCUCUCUGUGGAUUCAGCCACCGAGACCACCAGCCUCGAGAGGUCUACAUCGGCUACUUCCGCUAGCAGUCCUUCGGAACUACAAUCUCUCAGCUAUGCAGAGCACCUCACAAAACUAUCAGAAGCUGGACGGUAUGCCGAGAUUCCGGCCGUUUUCGAGGCUAUGCUUGUGGCCAACAUCCAGCCUACAGCAAAUGCCUACAAUGCUCUCCUGGACGCUGCGAUCCAUCUCCCUUCGGAGAGGAUUCAGGUCGUUCCCAAGGCCCUUGAUGUCUACUCGGACAUGCUUCGACGCAAAGUCCUUCCAAACACGGAAACCUACGAUACGUUGAUCAGUCUGUUGGCUUCACGAUCCUUGGAGGUUUCUUCGCUGAAACAGUCCCUGGAGGAGAAACGCGAGCGUUUUGGUGGCAUGGAAGAGCCCGGAAAAUUCAUGUUCCCAUCAAACGAGGUCGAAUUUGCUAUUCUUUCCGAAGACGAUCGACUCGACCUUGCAGUCAGAUUAUUUGAGGCAUCUGUUUCGUGCCGCAAGGACCGAUCGUACCCCGCUGAAACCUACCAUCAGCUGAUCAAGGCUUGCUCCGAGGCUGGGCGUGUCCCAGAGAUGGUUCGAUUGUAUGAGCACAUGGAAACCAGCAAGAUCGUUCCAUUGGCUAGUACUUUCCCACCUAUGAUCAAGGCCUUCAACCAGGCAGGAAACCUCAUCAGUGCGGUGGAGUGCUAUAACGAGUACAAGGAACUGGCAGUAGCAGAUGACCGCGGGGACCUCACAUUGACUGACCGUCAGGACGCACGUGUCUAUGCCGCUGUCGUCAGAGCUUAUGUCACAUCCGACAAACUGGAGGGUGCGAAGAAGUUCUAUAACAAGAUCGCGGAUGCCUAUUUCCAGGAAUCGAGUGCCUUCAAAGACACGAUCAUCAGUGAAGGAUUCGUUGAGGGCUUGUUGGACCGUGGAAUGCUCCCAGAAGCACUUGAGUGGGCUCAGGGUCUCGAGGGAUCUACAAAAGCUGCCGCCAUGAGCAAAAUCGCUACACGUGCGGCUGACAAAGGAGAUAAGGUUACUGCGACCACUGCUUUCUCCAGUAUCCCCUCCAACUUUGCUGAGUUUGCAACCCCCGUCAUGGCUAUGCUGGCUCUUAGUGUUCGCGAGGGCGAUGUUGUAGGAGCCCAGAGAUACUGGCAAUUGCUAUCUCGCCCGGAGAUGGCUGUCUCGUCCUCAUUCAUUGAGCCCACUGCCAUGUACGCCGUUGCAAUGAUUGGCUCCGGCCAGGUCUUGGAAGGUCUUGCACAGUCCGAUCAGAUGUUCGCUCGCAUCAGAGCAUCCUCUGGGGAGUCAAAUCCGCAUAUCGUCGAUGAGAUCGAGGAGGGCGUUGAGUUCAUCAACCGAUUCAUGAUUACACGAGGCGUUCCGGAUCCUCGUGAGGUUACUCCGGAGGCCGCCAUGUACCAGCAAGGAUUUGUUGUGCCAUAUGCACCAGUGCCUACCUUCGAGGAUACCUUCGAUCCUUAUGCGGCAUCCACUGACUUCAAAGGUUCUACUCUGAUUGCAGAUGAGCUUGAGAGAGGCAAUGCCGGUCGUGGAAGAGUUUCACGGUUGAAUGAGGCUAUGGGUAGAUUCAGAAAUAUUCGUCGCGCCGGUCGCCACCCACGUUACAUCACCUACGCCAAGCUUAUUUCCGCUGCUGCACGAGAGGAACGGAUGAAUCUGGUCCAUGACAUCCUCGGUAUGGCUCGCUCUGACAUUCCACUGCUUCCCCAGUAUUCAGUGGUUCGUUAUGGUUGGGUUUCAAUCCUGGACGCCAUGGUUGGAGCCUGCCUCACGCUCGGUAACCGUGCUCUGGCCGCACGAUAUCACCAGGAGCUACUCGAUAUGGGCGCCGCGCCAACGGCGAACACUUUCGGUCUCUACAUCACCACACUGAAGGAGUCGACCAAGACCUUCGACGAGGCCUCAGAAGCCGUCAAGAUCUUCCACCGAGCUAAGAGCGAGGGUGUUGAGCCCUCCUCUUUCCUUUACAAUGCUCUCAUUGGUAAGCUUGGAAAGGCUCGUCGCAUCGAUGACUGCCUCUUCUACUUUGCUGAGAUGCGUGCUCUCGGAAUCCGACCCACCAGCGUUACCUACGGCACUAUCGUCAAUGCUCUUUGCCGAGUCAGUGAUGAGAAAUUUGCCGAGGAAUUGUUCGAGGAGAUGGAGUCGAUGCCGAACUACAAGGCUCGACCUGCCCCCUACAACAGCUUGAUGCAAUUCUUCCUCACGACCAAGCGCGACAAGAACAAGGUUCUUGCAUACUACGAGCGAAUGCAGAGCAAGGGUAUCCAGCCAACCAACCACACCUACAAGCUUCUCGUCGAUACCCACGCAACCCUGGAGCCCAUCAACAUGGCCGCCGCUGAAGCUGUUCUCGAUGUCAUCCGAAGCACUGGACAAAGCCCAGAGGCAGUCCACUACUCAUCCUUGAUCCAUGCUAAGGGCUGUGUCAUGCACGACAUGGAGGGCGCCCGAGCAGUUUUCGACUCCGUAAUGGCCGACAGCUCGAUCCGACCACAGGCAUGCCUGUAUCAAGCUCUCUUUGAAUCCAUGGUUGCCAACCAUCGCGUCGCAGAUACCGAGCCUAUCCUUCGCGACAUGGCUGCUCGAAAAGUCGAGAUGACACCGUAUAUCGCCAACACUCUCAUCCACGGUUGGGCCAACGAUAAGAAUAUCGAGAAGAGCCGAUCUAUCUUCGCUUCUGUGGGUCACGACAAGAGAGAGCCAAGUACCUACGAAGCGAUGACCAGGGCUUAUCUCGCGGUUGAGGAUAGAGCCAGCGCCAAAAAUGUCGUCCAGGAGAUGCUGAGUCGAGGAUAUCCCAGCGCCGUCUCAAACAAAGUUCUCGAAUUACUUGGCGGAGGUAAUGCUGAGAUCACUGUCUAAGAUCGUUCCGAUCGACAAGGUUGGAGUCAUGAAAUCUCCAGUUAGUCUAAUUGUCUAUUGCUGUUCCUUCGCCGGAUCCUUCAGACAUUCGAUGUUUAUAGACGAUUGGCAUGCUAGAUGCUCAUAUUUCUUUUGUAAUUAAUACCCGGGCGAUUGCACAUUUCUAUAGAACGGAUGGGUGUCAAGGUUGGCGACUGGG